AUGACUUCGCCUGUGAGAGAACGCCAGCCUUCAAUGGCGGCGCCAAUCUCCGAGCUGCAGGGCCCUGUUGGCCCGGGCUUCAGUCGCCCAAAGCACAAGCGCACGUUCACUGGAUUCGGGCCCAAAGACAUCAAGAAGGUCGAGGCCAGUAUUCCAGAGCCGCAGAGAGAAGCAUGGCGGAAAGUCGCACCUCAUGGGUUUCGAACAAAAGGUGAUUUCGAGAGAGAAGUUGUCCGACAUGUGGAAACCACGCUCGCCCGCUCUCUAUUCAAUUGUGAUGAAUCAGCUGCAUAUUCCGGAACAGCUCUGGCCUUUCGCGACCGUCUCGUCAUUGACUGGAAUAAGACCCAACAGCGCCAGACCUUUGCGGAUCAGAAGCGCGUAUACUACCUUUCUCUCGAGUUUUUGAUGGGUCGUGCCCUUGAUAACGCGAUGUUAAACGUCGGAUUGAAGGAUGUUGCGAAGGAUGGUCUUUCCGAUCUUGGCUUCCGGAUCGAGGACGUAAUCGAUCAGGAGAACGACGCUGCGUUAGGAAACGGAGGCUUGGGCCGUCUUGCUGCGUGUUUUCUCGACAGUCUGGCAACAAUGAACUACCCAGCAUGGGGCUACGGCCUGCGUUACCGGUAUGGCAUUUUCAAACAGGAGAUUGUCAAUGGGUACCAGAUCGAAGUGCCGGACUACUGGUUGGAUUUCAAUCCUUGGGAAUUUCCCCGUCACGAUAUUACAGUCGAUAUCCAAUUCUAUGGUGAAGAUAAAAAGUGGCACGAUGAAGAUGGGAAGUUGAUUCAUUCCUGGGAAGGUGGUGAAAUUGUUCAAGCAGUGGCCUACGAUGUUCCAAUCCCGGGUUAUGAUACGCCGACUACGAACAAUCUCCGUCUCUGGUCGAGCAAAGCUGCUAGCGGUGAAUUUGACUUCCAAAAAUUCAAUGCAGGUGACUAUGAGAGUGCUGUGGCAGAUCAACAACGGGCUGAAACCAUUUCCGCUGUUCUCUAUCCCAAUGAUAACCUUGAUAGAGGCAAGGAGCUGCGAUUAAAGCAACAAUACUUCUGGUGUGCAGCUUCACUAUUUGAUAUUGUUCGCAGAUUUAAGAAAACCAAGAGGUCCUGGAGCGAGUUUCCAGACCAGGUUGCCAUUCAGUUGAAUGAUACACACCCAACCCUUGCCAUCGUUGAGCUGCAACGAAUCCUAGUUGAUCAGGAGGGCUUGGAGUGGGACGAAGCCUGGAGCAUUGUCCAAAGCACAUUUGGUUAUACAAAUCAUACGGUUCUGCCAGAGGCGUUGGAGAAGUGGUCCGUUGAUCUGAUUCGACACCUCCUGCCUCGCCAUCUAUCCAUCAUCUACGACAUCAACAUGUCGUUCUUGCAAUGGGUUGAGAGAAAGUUCCCCGAAGAUCGUGAUUUGUUGACCCGCGUGUCCAUCAUCGAGGAAUCUAGCCCCAAAAUGGUUCGAAUGGCACAUCUAGCCAUCAUUGGUUCUCAUAAGGUCAAUGGAGUUGCUGAACUUCACUCUGAUCUGAUUAAAACGACAAUCUUCAAAGACUUCGUCCGGAUUUACGGCCCUGACAAGUUCGCAAACGUGACAAACGGCAUUACCCCGAGGAGAUGGCUGCAUCAGUCAAAUCGCCACUUGUCUGAUCUCAUUGCUUCUAAAUUGGGUGGAUACCAAUUCUUGAAAGAUCUGACAUUGCUUGACAAACUGGAGGCAUAUCUUGACGACAAAAAGUUCAAGACACAGUGGGCUAAUGUCAAGUACGAGAAUAAAGUCCGACUUGCAAAACAUAUCUUUGAUACCACGUCGGUCAAAGUCAACCCAGCAGCACUGUUUGAUAUUCAAGUCAAACGUAUUCACGAAUACAAGAGACAGCAGCUUAACAUCUUUGGUGUGAUCCACCGCUAUUUGAAAAUCAAAGCAAUGUCCCCACAGGAUCGGAAGAAGGUCGUCCCACGCGUUUCAAUUUUCGGUGGAAAGGCUGCUCCAGGAUAUUGGAUGGCGAAGACGAUCAUACAUCUCAUCAACAAGGUCGGAGAUGUGGUCAAUAAUGAUCCUGAAAUUGGGGACCUUUUGAAGGUCAUUUUUGUCGAAGACUACAACGUCAGCAAGGCCGAAAUAAUCUGCCCUGCUUCCGAUAUCAGCGAGCACAUCUCCACUGCUGGAAUGGAGGCCAGUGGAACUAGUAACAUGAAGUUCGUUCUCAAUGGUGGGCUGAUCAUUGGAACUUGUGAUGGCGCAAAUAUCGAGAUCACUCGCGAAGUUGGUGAACAAAACAUCUUCCUCUUCGGCAAUCUCGCAGAAGACGUCGACGACCUUCGCCACGCCCACGUCUACAACCCUUCAACCAUGCAUUUCGAUGCAGACCUGCGUGCUGUCUUCGACUCGAUUCGAUCCGGAACCUUUGGUAGCGCAGACUCCUUUUCGGCCAUCAUCAACUCGAUCACGGACCACGGCGAUUAUUACCUCGUGAGCGAUGAUUUCCACUCGUACAUUGAGACACAGAACCUCGUCGAUGAGGCAUAUAAGGAUCAGGAUGGCUGGGUGGAGAAGAGUAUCCAGUGUGUUGCCAGAAUGGGUUUCUUCUCCUCAGACAGGGUCAUUUCUGAAUAUGCGGAGAGCAUCUGGAACAUCGAACCAUUGGAGAUCUCAGACUAA